UUUGUUGUAAAGUACAUAAGCGACAACAAACAUUUGCAGACAUCCGGUGGUGAAAAUGUGGAUCGCACGUAUGGCAGCAGUGUGACUCACGUAGAGGAGAUUCGACAUAACGGAAUAUUAAACCACUCGCUGGGAUGUGGGUGUAUGGAUAUGGUUCACUCGUAUGGAAGGUAGAUUUCCCUUUCAAACGGAAGUUGGUUGGCUACAUUGAAGGUUACCAACGCCGAUUUUGGCAGGGAAGCACAGACCACAGGGGUGUACCAGGAAAGCCUGGUAGAGUGGUGACACUGGUGAAGGCUUCAGAAGAGUCUAAGGAAAAAGUAUGGGGUGUGGCAUAUGAAAUUGCUGAGGAGGAUGAGACCAAGGUCAGAGAGCAUUUAAACUUCAGAGAGAAAGGAGGAUACAGUCUUACCUCAGUUAAAUUUCAUCCUGAAAAUACUAAAGAAUUACCGAUUGAUCUUGAACUAUACCUUGCCACAGAGGAAAAUGAUAAUUACUUGGGACCAGCUCCUAUUGAUGAGAUUGCCAAACAAGUGCUUGUGUCUGUUGGUCCUAGUGGGAAAAAUGUUGACUAUGUAUUGAAUCUUGCUCAAGCUAUGAGGUGUAUAGCACCAGGCAGGGAGGAUCCCCAUUUGUAUGAACUGGAGAAGGAGAUCAAACUUCAACAAAAGAAUCUAGAUAGCCAUAUACCUUAAGUGUCAUGGCACCUUUGCUUACUAUUUUUUUUUCUUUUUGCAGAAAAUUGGUAAAUUCACAUAAAUUAUGGCAUACAUGGUUAAAGUAUGUGAUUAUUGGUAUAUAUCCUAGAUGUGCACGAGUAUAAUUACAUGGUGCUUUUAGAGAAACAGAAUCUUCAAUCUUAAGACUUCCUCUUCUGAUUCAGUAUACAAGUAACAUACCUCUUCUCAGUAUAUAAGUAACAUACCAUUUUUGACAAAAAAGUGAAUUGUGUGCUGAUCUAAUAAAAAUGUACAUUCUUAUUCCCUGUCUGCUAAAUGAAGGAUCUGACAACAUCCCACAUUAGGUCAUGUUCUGGUGACGUUUCCACGAUAUUUGUUUCAGAGGUAUGACAAAUUGUCUUUAUUGUAAAUUUGAUAUAUCACUUGGCAUUUUGCCACAAUAUGUAUACAAACUUGAUGUGAUGAAAUUCUAAAUGCAGAAAUUUUGCCACAAUAUGUAUAUAAAACUUGAUUUGAUGAAAUUCUAAAUGCAGAAAUAGGGUUAAUCAAGCUAUUUCGACUACUUUCAUUAGUUCCAAGAUUCUGUAAGUGUUAAUUUGAUUGGCUAAUGCAAAAAGUCACCAAAACAUGACCCCUUAUUGGAUGUUAUCAGAUCCUAUGUUUGCAGAGAGUAACAGUGCAAGAAAAAAUAAUCAGAUUAAUUGUGUGCUUACUGAAAGGCAAAUUAAUUUAGAGGGGGAGGGGAGGGGGAUGGGAGAGGUUGUCACUGAAUACCGAUAAGUGAUAAAUGAAAUGUGUUGAGACAUGACGCAUAUGUUGCAGAAAACACAAUUUGAAAAAUCUUGUCUGUUUUAACCAUAUCACUCCAAGUAAUGGCAGGGUAUGAUGAAGACAAAGAGCUAAGACUAAGAGUCAACAGUAUAUAACAUACAAGUAGGUUUGACUGUACAAAAUGUUAGAGAGGAGAUUUAUGCUUUUAAACAAACCACAUAUUUAUAAGUAUAAAGAUGAAUAAUAAGAUUCCAGUUUGAUCUUUUGUUGUGUCAGAUGAUCAGGCUAUCACAAAUUGAUCAACAUGAUGAAUUGAAUGUCUUCCUUCACACAUGAAUUAUAUUUACACUUACCUAUAUUUACAUAUUUGUUUUCUGAAAUUUUACUGGUGUUAUGAAAUAAAACUGAAUCUCG